UAACAGAUUCCUCCCACCGAAAAUCAAAUCAAAUAAAAAAUGGCAGAAGCAACAUCAGCAAGCACGGCACCGAUUCCCAUACCGACGGUCGCCGACGAUUACUUCCGGCCAUCAUCUAUCAGUAAACUUCCGAUCACUGAAGCCGGGGAUUCAUCCAGUCCGUCCUCAUCAAAUGCGUAUGUCACUCAGGCUUUUCCUUUCUCAUCUGGAAACCCUAGAAUUGAAAAUAUCAGAGGCGUCAUGCAUCUCUAUCUAGACGACGCCGUUUCAUCUUCUUCAAAUUUACCUGUUGGGAGAAAACCUCUUAUUUGUGUACUUGGUGUGCCACUUCACAUGACAUAUGCUGACUUUUGCCAAUUUUGUGGUUCCUUUAUUCAUCAUAUCAUGGAAAUGCGUAUUGUCAGGAAUGAUGGAAUGGAUAAUCGGUAUAGUAUACUAGUAAGAUUUGAUGACCAAAACUCAACUGAUGGAUUUCAUAAGCAUUUUAAUGGAAGGCGUUUCUCAUCUCUAGAGACAGAGGCAUGCCGUGUGCUUUUCACAGUUGAUGUGCAAUAUACAAGCUCUAUUGAACACACACAGACUUCCCCUGCAAGUGCAGAGCAGCCAACAUGUCCAGUCUGUCUUGAGAGAUUGGACCAAGAUAUGAGUGGGAUUCUGACAACCAUGUGCAACCAUUCGUUUCACUGCUCCUGUAUUUCGAAGUGGACAGAUUCUUCAUGCCCUGUAUGUCGUUAUUGUCAACAACAGCCAGAAAAGUCUGAAUGCAUGAUCUGUCAAACCUUAGACAAUGCCUGGAUAUGUCUUCUUUGUGGUUUUGUUGGAUGUGGAAGGUAUAAAGAAGGGCAUGCCAUUGAACACUGGAAAGAAACACAACACUGCUACUCUCUUGAUGUGGAAUCACGACGUGUGUGGGAUUAUGUUGGAGAUAAUUAUGUUCACCGUUUGAUUCUAUCUAAAACAGAUGGAAAGUUGGUUGAGUUGAAUCACCAUGGUGAGCAUACUGAUGGCGAUUAUGAAUAUGGCACUGAUCCUGGAUUUCAAGAGGCUCUUUUGAACAGCCGAGUUGAAUCUAUUAAAAACGAGUAUGAUGAGCUUCUCACUACCCAACUCGAGAAUCAAAAGAUCUAUUUUGAAUCAUUACUCAACGAAUUUGAACAAACUGAUCGGGACAUUUCAGAUGCUGUAAAAGAUUCUCUAAAGCGGAAUACAAAAUUGCAAAAGAUGCAAGCCAAGCUAGAUAAAGGUCUCAACGAGAAAAAAUUUCUGGAUGAUAUCAAUGAAAAUCUUUCGAGAAACAAGGAAAUAUGGGAAGGCAUCAUUUCGAAAAUUGAAGAAAGGGAGAAAGAGGCUUCAAGGGUCAAAGAUCAGAAGAUACAAGAACUUGAGGCGCAGCUUCAAGACUUAAUGUUGUCUCUUGAAGAAGUUAAUACGGUUGAACAAUGACCAAUCAACUGAUCGCCCAGAAGACUAACGACGAAGACACUAUAUCACUUGAUAUGAAGUCCUAGUGAAUUAUUGCACACAAGAAGCCCAAUAUAUAGAAGUGAAUAUAUAUGUACAGAAUGAUACUCCGUAUUAAACAAAAUCAGCUGUAGUUUCAUUCUUAGUUUUGCCUGAAGUCUUUCUGGAUGCAGUCUAUCUACCCUAUGAUUGUUCUCAUCUCACCUCUUCACACCCAUUUUUAUGGGAUUGUGUGUUAUUGUAGCUACAGAAUCAUGUUUAGUUCAUCCAGUUUGAAUCUUUUGAA